AUGCCUGCGGAUAUUCGGAGUUUCUUUGGGGGCAAGACCUCUACGCCCAUCCGUGAAAAGGAGACGAAGAAGGAAGAGGAGACCAAGAAGAAGCGAAGCAAAAGCCGCAAGGUCAUUGACGACAGUGACGAUGAUGAACCCGAACCUAAGAAAUCCACACCGAAAAAGCCUGCCCCCAAGAAAGCCGUCAAGAAGGAAUCUCCAAAAGGAAAGGAGACCUCAACAACAGAUUACUUUGCAUCGAGCAUUAAGCCGAAGGCCAAGCCAACACCAAAGAAGCCCAUACCCGCACCAAAACUUGAAAGCAAUGGCCGUUCCUCCGCCCGCAAGAACAAAGCUGUCUCAUAUAAGAACGACGACGAUGAUGAGUUUGCAUUCUUGGAUGACGACGAGGAUGCUGGUGACGAUAUAUUCGCGGCGGGCGUCAAGAAGCCAACGGAAGAGAAGGACGCUUAUGUCGAGAGCGAAAGCGAUGGCAUCCCUAUUGUCAAGCCGAAAAAGGCGGUUACGAAGGGCAAGUCCAAUUCUACAAGGAAGGGCGGCGACAUUCAGAUGAUGGAUGCCACCGACGAGCACUCUUUCGUUAUGAUUGACGAAAGUGACGAUAUGAUGGUUAUUGACAAGCCAGCCCCAAAAUCCGAAAGCAAGAAGAGGAAGUCUGUCGAUCUAGAGUCCGAAGACGAGGAGCUUGUCCACAAGAUCAAGUCAGUCAAGAGCAAGUCGGCGAAGCCGCCACCUGCGAAGAGAGCUCGUGCUCCACCCUCAAAAAAAGCUGCAGUAUCAGAAAGCUCUGCCGUCCAGUCAAUUCUAGAUGACAUUCCAACUGUUCGAGCGCCAACUCCUCCACCGCAGGAUCCCAGUGUGAAAUUUGACUGGAAGAAGGCCCAAGGUGCCGGAAACGGCGGCGCUCCUCCUGCGGCAGGCACAAGAGAUAUACCCACUGGCCAAGAAAAUUGCUUAGUCGGAUUGACAUUUGUGUUCACGGGUAUACUCGAAACCAUUAGCAGAGAAGAGGGCCAGGAGCUUGUGAAACGAUAUGGAGGCAAAGUCACCACCGCACCAAGCGGAAAAACAAGCUACGUUGUUCUCGGGAAUGAGGCCGGACCUUCGAAAUUGAGAAAGAUCCAGCAGAUGGGUCUCAAGACGAUCAACGAGGAGGGCUUGUUCGCUCUGAUUUCAAGGAUGCCUGCCAACGGUGGUGAUGGGAAAGCUGCAGAGAUAAAUAACGAAAAGAAGAAAGUGGAGAUGGAAAAGAUCAAGAACGAUGCCCUAGAAAUGGAGCGACAAGAACAGAGAAAGCAAGACGAGGCCGUAAAGGCUAGAAAGAAGCUUGAAAAGGAAGCCGUUGCCCAAGGCUCAAAAGCAAGACUACCACCUCCUCCGCCAGCACCUAGCUCGCAACUAUGGACCACCAAAUACGCCCCUACAUCGGCCAACCAAAUUUGUGGCAAUAAAGGCCAGGUUGAGAAGAUUCAGAAAUGGUUGAAGGGUUGGUCUGUCGCACAUAAAUACGACUUUCAGAAAAAAGGUGCUGACGGCCUGGGUGGCUAUCGAGCAAUCAUGAUCUAUGGCCCACCUGGAAUUGGUAAGACUACAGCCGCCCAUCUGGCCGCUAAGCUUGCUAGCUACGAUGUUCUUGAGAGCAAUGCCAGCGACUCCAGAAGUAAGAAGCUUGUUGAUUCGGGCGUUGGAGAAACAUUAAACAACAAAUCUCUGUUCGGCUAUUUCUCCGGCGAAGGCAAAAGUGUCGAGGCAAAGAAAGGGAAUAUUGUACUGAUCAUGGACGAGGUUGACGGCAUGUCAGCUGGUGAUCGGGGAGGUGUCGGUGCCCUGGCAAAGCUUUGCAAGAAGACCGAUGUACCUAUGAUACUGAUUUGCAAUGAACGGAAACUACCAAAAAUGAAGCCAUUCGACUUCGUAACGUUGGACAUCCAAUUCAAACGACCUACUGUUGAGCAAAUCCGAUCACGUAUCGCAACGAUAUGUCACAGAGAAGGCCUCAAACUCCCCAUGAACGUCAUUGAUGCUUUGAUUGAAGGUACCCACCAAGACAUUCGACAAAUCAUCAACAUGAUAUCCACAGCCAAGCUUGAUCAGACUGCAUUGGAUUUUGACCAAGGCAAAUCGAUGUCAAAGGCAUGGGAGAAGUCUGUGGUAUUGAAACCCUGGGAUAUUUGCCAUAAACUCCUUGGAGGGGGACUAUUUGCGCCUUCCAGCAAAUCCACACUCAAUGAAAAGAUAGAACUCUAUUUUAACGACCAUCAGAUUAGUUUUCUCAUGAUCGCCGAGAACUACCUCAAAGCCAAACCAUCGCGAGCCAACAAUUUGAGUGGCCGAGAGCAAAACCUCAAGGCUCUGGAACUCGUUGACCAGGCCGCUCAGAGCAUUAGUGAUGGAGACUUGGUCGACCGGAUGAUCCACGGAUCUCAGCAGCAGUGGAGCUUGAUGCCAACACAUGCCGUAUUCAGUACUGUCAUACCUUCUAGUUUCGUCUCUGGUCAAUUGAUCGGAGAGACCAGGUUUCCAUCAUGGCUUGGCCAGAACAGUAAGCAAGGCAAGCUUGUUCGAUAUGUCAAGGAAAUACAGUCACAUAUGCGCCUUCGUACGUCUGGAGAUCGCCAUGAAAUCCGUCAGCAAUACCUGCCUGUUUUAUGGACUCAAACUGUCAAGCGCCUCGAAAACGAAGGGAAGCCUUGUGUAGAUGAGGUCAUCAACCUUAUGGACAAUUACUUCCUGACAAGGGACGACUUUGAUUAUAUAACUGAGCUCGGUGUUGGACCACAAGAUCAAGAAGACGUGAAGAUUGAUACCCAGACGAAGUCGACCUUCACGAGACUGUACAAUGCACGUUCACAUCCUCUUCCAUUCAUGAAAGCUGGUAAUAUCGUCGCCCCUGCUGCGAAGACCAAGGCGGAAGUUCCUGAUCUCGAAGAAGCAUUUGAAGAGGAAGACGAAGGCGAGGUUAUCGCCGAUCCUGAUGCGAAGGAGGGUGAGGAGGACCUCGAGGACUCUUUGAAGAAGGACAAGUAUAUCAAGAAACCAAAGGCUAAGAAAGCUACCGCGGCUAAGAAGGCUCCGAAGAAAAAGGCCGCCAAGAACGAUAGCGAUGAUGAUAUGAUUGAUGACGAUUCUGAGGAGGAUGUCAAGCCGAAGAAGGGCAAGAGUAAGGCCAAAGCGGCAACGAAGGGCAAAGGAAAGAAUUGA